AUGAGACAUCUUCAUUUAGAAUUACGCAAACUAUCCCGAGAGGUGGACUCAAUAUUUGGAACACAAAUGACUUUUAAAAUGGCAUUCCUAUAUUUAUUCUUGUUUUUUCAUAACGUUAGCAAAUUUCUACUCAUUAAUUAUGUGUGCGAAACAGUCAGCAUCAAGGCUAAUGCAACAGGAUAUUUAUUCAAUAAAUUAUCAUAUUCUACUUUUGAUGUUGAAAUUCGUGAAGUCAUUUCACAAUUUUCAUUACAAAUGACUUAUAAGCCUCUUAGAUUCUAUGGAAUUGGAUUUUUCCAAUUUGGCUCCAAAUUUCUUUACAGGUUUAUCAUGUCUAUUGCGACCGUUUUAGUUAUUGUAAUACAAGCGCACGUAAAUAGUAAUUAA